AUUCCAUACAAGCGCACAUUUGCGCGCCUUUCGCCUCGUCUCUCCUCCCAGUUUGCCCCUGUUUUUUCGCAGAGCCCCUGCUGUCGCCCCUGUUUGCGCCCCUUCCUUGCCGAGCUGUAGGAUACCCUCCCCCCCCCUACCCCCCACAACCAAACACUAGCCCAGCUGAGCCAACCCAACUCAGCUUGUGUCACACAAGCCGACACGGACGAAUCCUUCUCGCUUCUCCCCUCCCUCCCUCUUUAGUAGCAAGCAACUCUCGCGUCGCCCACCACACAAACUUCUUGUAGUCCAGUCCUGACCAGCCCUUGUUCCGUAACUCGUGACCAGCUCGUACGAGCUCUGGUCCAGACCAGCCCUUGUUCUUGUCUCCCCUCGCAUCGCGGCCAUUUCCGACUCGCGGCCCUUUUCUCUGAUUUGCUCUCCUCCUCUCCUCACCACCGACGAGCCGCGUCCAAAGGGUGCUGCUGCUGAUUCCCUCGUUUCCGGCAAUCCGGGACUCCAUCAAGCGAAUGCGCAGCAUCCGCGCCUCCCCAGUCCCAACGGCCAAUGGAGCGGGAGCAAUCGACGUCGCCCAUGCGACGCGCGACGACUCUGCGACUGUCGUCCACGUCGCAUUCUCUCGCCCCGCUGCUUCUCGCGCUGCCGCUUCUCCUCCUCGUCUCCCUCGCCGCACUCUCCGCAACCUUCCCGCUCUCCUGGUCUUCCGCCCAAUACGUUUUCCGGAGAGCCUCCGCAGAGCCCGCGCAAGAGUGGCAGAAACCCGCGCAGCAGUCGGCGGAACUUGAACCAGGGGAAAGCGCAGGGGAAAGCGCAGGGUAUCGCGCAGCGGGCGCUGACCUUUCAGCAGUCGGGGCAGCAGCGGGGGUUAAUCCGGCGGAGGGUAUCGCGGCGGGCAAAGCGGCGGGCAACGCGGGGCGUGAGCUUGGCUCUCCGGUGCGCCUAUCGUGGGCGACAGACCACGUCGUGCGACGAAGCCUGCGAUCCCUCGCCGAGGUCUUCUCUUCGCGAACCGCUCGCCGAUCGCUCGCGACAAACUUCCCAUUUAUCGGCGCUUUUAAGACCGCCAUACAGAACAGCGGCGCUUCGGGUUCCGCGGCGGGUUCAAUCUCCGCAUCCGCGUUAAAGACUAAGUCCCCGCCCAAGCCGCCUAAAAGCCCGCCAAAACCACCUAAAUCUCCUAAACUACCUAAGUCCCCCAAACCGCCCAAGUCGCCUAAACCGCCUAAGGUUUCCAAGCCUCCUAAGAGCCCAAAGCCACCCAAGUCUCCCCCGAAACCCCGCAAAUCCCCCAAGCCCCCGAAAUCGCCCCCCAAGUCUCCGCCAACGAACCCCAAACCACCGCCAGGGGGAGUUUCCACUCCGCCUUCUAUCCCCCCCCCGCUUGGUUCGAUCCGAGGAGAGCCAGGCGAUGUUUCCGCUCCGCCAUCCGUUCCCCCGCCGUCCCCCCAGCCCGUCCCCCCGCCCCCGACUCCGCCGACUUCUGGCGGCGCAACGCCUCCCCCUGUUCCGCCGAACCCGCCGCCUGGGGCGCCGGGAAUCCCGCCGCCUGGGACGCCGGGGGCCGUGCCGCCACCUGCAGCAGGAAUGGACUUCAGUGUCGUGGCAUAUGGCGCGAAGGGCGAUGCGAAGACUGACGCUACUAAUGCGUUCUUAAAGACGUUCGCCGCCGCUUGCGCUUGGGCUGCUGCGGAUGGGGCGGGGACGAGGGGAGGGGUGGCUGCAGGGUUGGGCGCGGGGGCGGGGGGAGGGGCAGGGGUAGGGGGAGUUGCACGGAUGGUGAUACCUGCUGGGGGGAAGUUCCUGGUUUACCCCAUGUAUUUGAAGGGGCCUUGCGGAAACGGACUCCAAUUUGUGGUCAAUGGCGUCAUCACAGGCCCUGCUGACGUCAGCAGCUACCCGAAACCCGCCAAGCCGAGCUCGUGGGCUCUGCUACUGUUCAACCGGAUAUCAAAUCUGGAGAUUUCGGGCGGCGGAGUGAUGGACGGCGCGGGGCAGGGCUUCUGGAAGUUUCCAGGAAAGCAGCGGCCGGCACUGCUGUCAAUCACAAACUGCGAGGGAGUGACGAUUCGAAAUAUACAGUUCAUCAAUCCCGCUCGGCAGCACGUGAAAGUAUACGGGAGCACGGAUGUGCUUAUAGAGAGGGUUGCGACGCUCUCCCCUUACAACAGCCCCAACACCGAUAGUAUCCUCUUGAGCGGGGUGGUGAAUGCCAUCGUGCGGAACAGCAGACUGGAAGGAGGUGACGACAACGUGGCCAUCAUUACAGGGUGCCAAAACAUCCUUAUAGAGAAUAUGGAGUGUAUCAAUGGACAUGGAAUAAGCAUCGGAAGCCUAGGUGGCGACAGGGAACUAGGCUGUGUAUCUGAUGUGACAGUACGCAAUGUGAGCCUAAGGGGCUCCAACAAUGGGCUCCGGAUAAAAACCUACCAGCAGGGCGUGGGUCUAGUCAGUAACAUCACCUACGAAGACGUAACCGUUACGGACGUUACCUGGCCGAUCCUUAUAAACCAGUUCUACUGCGACAAAAAAACUGCAUCUGCCAGCAGUUGCAAGCCCAGCAGCACGGCUGUGGCAGUUACCAAUGUCCGUUACAAGAACAUACGCGGCACGGCGAACGGGACGGUCGGCGUGCUUCUGAACUGCAGCCAAUCCGUGCCCUGCUCUGGGAUCUCUUUCUCGGGUAUUUACCUCUCGUCGUCCCGCAAAGCCAAGCCGCUGCUGCUGAGCUCUACUCUCAAGGAGAAAAGGGUUGGAGUCAACUCAGUCAACUCAGUCAACGGGGUAAACGCAGCCAAUGGGGAUGAUAAAGACUCCAUAGGGUUGCUGAACCAGGAAGCUCAAGUCAACGGGGUCAACAAGGGGCCCAUGGGAGUCAGUCCAUUUGCACAUCUGUUUGGGGCUGGUAGCACCAGCAGCAGCAGCAGCAUCAGCAGCAGUCCCAGCAGUCUUUCUGCUCCCCUACAAGCCGCCGAUACUUCGGGAGCGUCGGAUCUCUUAGCAGUGCUCAAUAACGCAUAUGGAGUGACGGACGCUGCCUCGGUGUCGCCCUUCAUAGCGCAGGCGCAGUGGGAGGGUGACUCGCCCCCCGCUUCAGCUAGAGCAGCCAUCAGCAGCAUGGCUGGCAAAUGCAUGAAAGCCCCCAUAUCAUUGAAGUCAACUCUUGCAGCAUACAAUGAAAUUGGGGUUCAUUCAUCCAAUUCUGUCCGUACACUGAUCUCACCUUGAAUAAGCGUGUGUACUUUAUGUUGCGAUAUGCUCCUCCGAUGUAGUAGCCCAUGUAAUAAAAGUAGCUGUCGUUU